UCCGAUCUAGAAGGACCGGAUGGCUUAAGUCGGCCAUGUUUGUUGUGAAGUUCCGAGGCACAGCUUUGUUUACCCAGUGCAAGGUCUUCUGCCUACCUUUUCCCGUGUUAUUAGCAAGUUUUAUCCCUUUUUCUGACAAGUGCGGCCACGAGACGAGUCUACCAGCGUUCCAGUGUGGGGUCGGUUCGCCAGUUGUCGCCUGUGAUUUGUCCGUGACUCCGGUAAAUGAGAUCAAAAUGGAAUCCUCCAAGACUCUGGGUAUGACCUCGGCCAUUAGUCUUGCAGGGCCCAAACCAUCAGAUUUAUUGCAAACAAGGAAAUUGGAGGAGUACCUUCGAGAGGCACAAAUGUUUGAGACAGAUGAAGAAAUGAAUCACAGGUUUGAGGUUCUGGGCAAGCUUAAUGACCUAGUUCGUUCUUGGAUUAGAGAUGUAAGCGUCAACCAUAAAAAUAUGCCACCACAGAUUGCAGAUACAGUUGGUGGUAAAAUAUUCACAUUCGGCUCGUAUCGUCUAGGUGUUGCUGGGCAAGGUGCUGACAUAGAUGCCCUAUGUGUAGCACCAAGACAUAUUGAUAGGUCAGACUACUUUUCCAGUUUCUCAGAGCUCUUAAAAGAACUGUCAGAGGUCACAGAAAUGAGAGCUGUAGAAGAUGCAUAUGUGCCUCUGAUCAAAAUGAAGUACGAAGGGAUAGAGAUUGAUUUGUUGUUUGCGAGACUGGCUCUUAAAGAAAUAAAUGACGACGUCGAACUACAAGAGGACAGUAUUUUAAAAAAUCUCGAUGAAAAAUGUGUCAGAAGCCUGAAUGGUUGUCGUGUAACAGAUGAAAUUCUUCGUCAAGUUCCCAACCGAGAAAGUUUUAGGUUAGCCUUGAGGGCUAUUAAACUAUGGGCCAAACGUCAUGGUGUUUAUAGUAAUGUAUUAGGCUACUUGGGUGGAGUAUCGUGGGCAAUGUUAGUAGCCAGAACUUGUCAGUUGUAUCCCAAUGCAACAGCAUCAACAUUAGUAGAAAAGUUCUUUUUAGUGUUUUCAAAAUGGUCAUGGCCAGCUCCUGUGUAUCUCAAGCAGCCAUCUGAUGGAAAACUGGGUUUUAAGGUUUGGGACCCUAGAGUAAACGUGCAAGACAGAUUUCACUUGAUGCCCAUCAUCACCCCUGCAUACCCACAGCAAAAUUCAACAUUCAAUACCACACAGUCAACAAAGGCAGUCAUGGUUGAAGAAUUCAUGAUGGGGCUCCAGAUCACAGAGGACAUAAUGUUAGGGAAAGCCACUUGGGAUAAACUUUUCCAACCUCCAAGCUUCUUCACCAAAUAUAAGCACUAUCUCGUCAUAUUGGCCAGUGCUUCAACCCCUGAAGAUCACCUAGAGUGGUAUGGUUUAGUUGAGAGUAAAAUAAGACACUUGAUCCAGACCCUGGAGCAUAAUCCAAUUAUAAAGACGGUUCAUAUUAAUCCACAAGCUUUCAGCUGUUGUCAUGAGGAGUACAAGGGUAGACCACACUCGGCAUGGUUCUUAGGAGUCGAUUUCAAAACGUGCGAAAAUGUCAAUAUUGACCUUACAAAUGAUAUCAACACUUUUGUUGAAAUAGUGUACAAACAAAGCACAUAUAACAAAGGAUACAGAGAUGGAAUGCAGGUUGACUGUAAAUACGUAAAGAGAAAACACCUGGGUAACUACUUAAGUCGAGAAGUCUUAGAUAAGUACAGACCAAAAUCUGAAGAUGGGCAGACCAGAUUGCCAUCGAAGAAACGGAAAUCUGAUGCCAGCCAGGCGGAUUUUCCGUUGCGGGAAAGCCCUGACUUUAACAAAAAGGCCAGGGUUGAUGGUAGUGUUCCAGCAAAAGCCGAUGAUAUGCCGGCUCAAAUUCCGACGCGGAAAAGGAAAUCGGAUGGUGGCCAAACUGUGUCGCCUUCGAGAGAGAGCCCGGAUUCCAACAAAAAAGUCAAAGUUGAAGGUGCUGUUCCCGCAACGUCUGUCCUCAAUGACGAUGACUCCAAUAUGUCCAUAGAUGAAGCGUACCCAAUUCCGGGUUUAAAUACAGAAAUGAAUGGUACCCAGUGUGCGUGUGCACCGCAUCAUCAUUAUGUCCGCCAAAGUGCUAUUGUCAGCGUUGGUUGUGACAGUCACAGUGGAGGAUGCAAGGGUGAUGGUGGUGAAACUAUCGUGUGUUGAACUUCCCGACAUCGUUAACCCAGACCCCCCAGAAUUGGCUGCCUGUAAACAGAAAUUUGUUAUAAAUAUUAAUUAAACACAAAGGGGUUUCAUCAGUUUUCGUACAUGUUAUGGCGGCUCAAGAACUGUAGAUGAUGUCAAGUAAGCGAAGGUGGCGACUGAUAUCAAAUUCUUACCUUAAAUGCGAUGGUGGUUUUAUUGGUUUAACAUAAAGGAGAUUUGAAAUGGAUUGGUCACAUUUUGAAAAAAAUGUAUGAUUAACUACUUAUGUUUUUUUAAUCGAGUGGUUAUGUAUUUCUGUCAUUAUUUGUUUACUGAUUGUAAUGUGAAAAAUUACAAUCAUAAGACAUUUUAUUUUACAUGAACUUCGAAAACUGAUUGGAGAGGGCCCCAUAAUUUGCUCACCUUCGAAAACUGUCAGAUACUUUUGAGUUUAACAGGUAGUGUUAUGGGAAGUCUUUUGAGACUAAAUGGGGGGGGUUUAAGUGAGCUACUGAAAUACUGUGUACUGUAUCGCUUUUCCAUAUUGGGCCUACAUUACCGAAUUUUGAGAGUUGUGUAUUACUUUGGAUAUUUAUAUUUAUGCCCAGUAUGAAUCCUGUUGUCAUUUCAUAAAACACAGACCACUACCUUUUGUGUCAAGUAAUUGGAAGCGAUGGUGAUGAAGAAGAAGAAGAAAUGUGUGCGUUGAUUGCAUAUACUUAAGUGUUCUUCAAGUGGUGUAGCACUUAGGGAUUGGUAGCAGCAGGCAAUAUCUAUACUUAUACUUUAUUAUUCAUUCCACUAUUCUUAGUACAUACAAGCAUUUAUCAUUCAUUGCAUGGUAGUAAGACAUGGUAAAGUACAAUUAUCCACAUUUUACCAUAUUUUUGGAAUGUCAUCCUCUAGAUAUGGUAAAGGGGUCCAAUUAGUACAGUGUUCUCAAAUACAUGAAACAGACUGUCAUCCUGGUCUCUUUUUAAUUUUUUCUUCGUUGAAAGAUCUUGAUUUAGUUGAAGUGUCUUAGGGAGAUUUAACUUUUUUAUUUUAAGAAAUUGAAUUUUACCAUUAAAUCUCUCUCUCAGUUAUCGACCUUGGUAAAAAAAAAAAGAAACAAAAAAGUAAAUUUGACGUAAUAAGGUUACUUUUAAUGAUGAUUCUUUGGUUUUAUGUAAAGUUAAACUUGCGUUGGAGUGAAGACAGUAUUUUUAAAAUUUACUUCAUCCCUGGCAUAUUUUCCCUCUUAAUUUGUGUAGGUUCAGUGAACUCAACUUUUUCUUGUUGUUGAAGUUAAGCUUAUCUUUCAAAUAUACGCAUUUUGAAGCGUCACUGAUUUGCUCCUUAGUGGAUUCAUGUUUGUGUCUGGCAACCUAUGGUCAAUUCUAGCCCUUAUGCUUAGAAAUUGUUUAAUGACAAAUGAUUUUUUUUAAUCCUCGAUAGUGGCUUCGUGUUUUAUAUAUCGUUUAAGAAGUCCAUUCAUGUGUGGUUGAUGUUUGUUUCUGGAUGUUGCUUAUUAAGGAGCAAUCUUAUGGGUGAGAUGUGUGUAAGUGUAUCUGUUUCAUGAUAAUGUUUAAGGAAUUUGUGAGCUUAAAAUCCUCAUGGACAGUUAGGUAUAAAAAAUAAAUUGGAAACAGAUUCUGGCAUAAUUUCCAUUUGAUGGAGUAGGUAUUUGAUUGUGGUACAAAGCAUGUUCCCAUUGUCCAGAACAUUGUUACAUAAAAGCAGAAGUGAACAGCAUCCACUGCCAGAUCUCUUCAGUUGAAAAAAGACUGGAUUGGUUAUAUUGUCAAGUAGUCUUUAUUAUGGUAUAAAAAGACCCUAUGUGAGCAAUGCAGGAUAUAAUGUAGCAGCACUGAAGUACAGUUGUCUGCUAGAUCUGCUGCUUCCUUUUGUAGACCACAUUCUUCGUAAGGACAAUAAACAUUAGGAAUCGAAUAUACAGUAAUUGGUGAAAUCUUUAAGAAGGGCUCUAACACUAGGCACUUGAAGAAAGACUAUUGCUCCCAAAUUUUUCUUGAGCUUAAUUUGCAUAUUUGGAUGUUAAGUGUGACAUUUCUUCUCUCAUGUAUUACCCAGAGUGGUAAUGAUAUGGACCAAACCUUGAAGAGGAGUGAGUUUUUUAUCCUGUUCCUGAAAUGAAAUUGCCGGGUGCUAGAUGCAUAACAAACUGGAGUAAAUUGUUGAAAAGAUGUACUUUUGAUCUUAACUAUUUUGGGACACCCAGUGCAUUUCUUAAGGAUGAAAAUUCUCAAAAUCAUAUUUUUGUAAUGAUAGCGUUGUUGUAGAAGGCCAUAAAUGUAGGACUUUAUUCAAUCACUAGGAUACUGGAUGAAGUUCUCCAUAGGGAUGCAUUACGGGCUGUACAAUUUGGUCACCAUGUUUACCACAUGCGAAGAAAGAGCGUACAUGAAGAUGGUUGUCUAUGAAGGUCGUAAUUUGUACUUGAUGUAGAAUUGAUACCUCACUUAUGAAUGUUAAAAUGCUAGUAGAGUCUGUACAUUGUGCUGCUUGCCCCCUGUGCUAUGAUGUCAUCUUCAUAUUUCAGUUAUCAUUUGGAUAUAGAAGUAAGGGUGAUGGGCUUCAGAUGUGUUUACACUUAAGAGCCAUUGUCAUUUGAAAGCUAAUCUAUUCUUUACAGGAUGCUAUGGAAGUGAAGUCCUAUAAAUGAUUAUGUUUUGUAUCUUCAUCAGAAAAUUUAAUGUAGUUUACUGAACAAAAUAAAAUUUAUAAAAGAAAAACUAAAAAAAAAAUUACGGUAGUGAGAUUGCUACUCCAUUCAUCUCUCUAAAGAUAGCAGUGAAAAUGUGAAGUUUGGUAGAAAUUUUAUACAAUCUUUUCCAUGUGCAAUCACAUGCUAUACUUUGAUCUGUUCUCAUAUUUACAGGUAAUUGUUUCUUUAGCAACUGAUGUAUAUUUAUGUAGUGGCAACAUUGUAUUCCGGAAGAACUUAGCGUGUACUGCGAGUAGUGGUGAAAUAUUUUAUACUCAGUGAUGAAAGCCUUCCAUGGCAAAAACAUUUAUUUUUCAAAUGUUAUGACAAAAGAAAAUAGCAAAAAAUAACAAAAGAGAAAAUGUAAAAUAAAAAAGAUAAAAGAUAAAAACAUUUA